AUGCGCUUUUCAGUUGCCUGCAAAAAACUUCAUAGCGCCACGACAGCGACACACUUUUUCGCGUCGAAAGCAGGACAGAGCUUAUUGUGCGUAUCGGCGGCUUUCGACGAUCCGGCCCGCUACCAGACUAUACCGGACCGGCCAACUCGUGUGGACAAGAUGCAGGCGACGCAUGUGACAAAAAGCGAACUCGAAGAGAGGAACGGGACGACCCCUGGUCCUUGCGAUGUCCUACUUGGACGCGGAAGGAGAGUACAAGCCCACGCAGGAAAUCAAGCGUUCCGGAAGAUCCUCGAAGGACAUAUGCUCCAGCACAGAAGCUCUCCCCGAAAAGAUAGGGUUGCCUUACUCUUGGAGAUCCUCACAGCUGUCAAACUCAACGGAGGUCGCUUCUUGCAGAGAAACGGGAACGCGGGUCAGUGGGUCGAAGUUGACAAUUCAAUAGCUCACAAGAAGGUAGGCCAAGCCCUGCGGUAUCGACAAAAGCAAGCAACGUUGGCUCAGUCGCUACUUACCGAUACGAAGGGAAGAACUGAGACUUCAAGCGCACCCCUCCUUUCCGAUGAAGAAAUAUUACAGGCCAUUGGUGAAGACCUAUCCGCUUUAAACGUGUGUUCCCUUCCGUCAAUGAUAGAAAUCGACGGUCUCCAUGGAAUUAAUUGGACUCCUACCGACAGGGCACCAGGAUUUUUCAGUGGAGACGACAUUCAAAAUGCAGAAGCCUUUCCAUCAGGCUUGCUCUACCAAGAUGACGAAAGCGUCUUUGAUACAGAGAGUCUCGAAGAAAUCGGAAAGGAUUGGGAAUGAAGGCGUAGCGAGCAUGCAAUGCGCGCGUGGAAGGUACCAUAUUUCCCUUAUUGACGAGAAAAUGCAACUGCAAUUCACUUUGUAAUGUUCGAGCUUGAGAUAGAGGACAAGCCAGGUCGCCCCAUCACCUCUCGACGUGACUCAACUAGACACUCCGGAAGCUUGGAAUCGACUCCACCGUUAGAAACAGCCCUGUCUGCUCAUAUUCGUGUCGCUGCUGUCGGUCAGUUGGCGGUAUUGUCCCCGGCCUGAGAAGGCCGGGGUCUAAGAAAAAGAGAGCACACUAUAUGCAUCGCUUUUCCAGUCAAUGGUAGAACAAAGAAAUCAGCAACUCCGAUACAUUGUGAAGUAAGAAGUCGUGACAUCUAUUGCUGCGUCAUCAACGUUCAGAGAGAAGCGCAAAGAUCUCUUUUAUAAGCAUGCCGUCAUGGCCAUUCCCGAUUGACAACUCCAGUUCGUAGACACUCACGGUCCAGGAGGAGUUGACUCACUAACAAGCGGUAAAGAAAGCCGUGAAACAUUGAGGAUGACUUGUCCCCUCGUUUUCAACCUUUCCAGAGAAUCAGGAAAGUUCGAUCGGUGUUCUUCGUUUAGCGAACCUUGU